UGCCCAUCCUCCUUUGCCGAUCAGGGCGGGCAGGCAGGGGACAAAGGAAGGAGGACCAGCAUGGGACUCUGCCCAUCCUGUCUGGAGCCUCCCAGGGAAGGAAAGAGAAGUCCUCGGCAGGGCUAAUGGAAGCUUCCCUGUCCCUUUACUUGCCCCAACUCCACACGGUGCCAUUGCCCGUGAGGACUGCUUCCCACCCAAGCCUCUGACCCCAAUUUCCAAUCUCCUGCCUUCCCCUCUGGGGAGACCUACUUUUUCAGGUUCUCCACCACCUGCCUUCUGACUCUUUCACUUAUUCAACAAAAAUGUAUUGAGUGCCUAGUAAUGUGGCAGGCGCUGUUCUGAGGCCUGGGGUCCAGUUGUCCAACUGCCUCUAGAACUCUCCCCCUCCGUUCUCAGCUUCUAUUUCCCUUGGACUCGUCUUGUCCUUGGUCUGUGUCAGGGCACCAUCUCUCCUUCCCGGCUCCUUGGAGCAGUGGGUGCCCCGAGUGUCUGUCUCGCACAGCUCUGCCUCCCUGUGCCCAGCUAAGACUCCCUCCCCUUCCUUUCUCCCCCAAACCUUGGCCCGUGGCCGGGCGACACCACGAGUUAUUUCCCUGCUAUUUCCCGGCCGGGAGCUCUUGGCCCCUGAACAACUGGUUUCCUCUUGGAGUCUGGGAGGAGCAGACCGGAGCCGGCAGGGAGUGCACCCGAACCAGGGGGACGCCGAGGGCAGGGGACGCCUGGCAGGGGAGACGCGCAGGGGCGGGGCAGAGGUCAGCUGGAGGGUCUGGAGUAGCGAGCGCCCCACGGAGGCCCCGGGAGACCGGAGGGGACUGCGAGAGGACCCCGGCGGCCGGAGCCCCCGUGCCAGCGUCAUGAGACCGCUCGUCGCCCUGCUGCUCCUGGGCCUGGCGGCCGGCUCGGCCCCGCUGGACGACAACAAGAUCCCCAGCCUGUGCCCGGGGCACCCCGGCCUUCCCGGCACGCCGGGCCACCACGGCAGCCAGGGGCUGCCGGGGCCCCGGGGGGAGCCCGGGCCACGAGGAGAGACGGGACCCGUGGGAGCCACCGGGCCUGCGGGCGAGUGCUCGGUGCCUCCGCGCUCCGCCUUCAGCGCCAAGCGCUCCGAGAGCCGAGUGCCUCCGCCGUCCGACGCGCCCCUACCCUUCGACCGCGUGCUGGUCAACGAGCAGGGACAUUACGACGCCACCACCGGCAAGUUCACCUGCCGGGUGCCCGGGGUCUACUACUUCGCGGUCCACGCCACCGUCUACCGGGCUAGCCUGCAGUUCGAUCUGGUCAAGAAUGGCGAGUCCAUCGCCUCUUUCUUCCAGUUUUUUGGGGGGUGGCCCAAACCAGCCUCGCUCUCCGGGGGCGCCAUGGUGAGGCUGGAGCCAGAGGACCAGGUGUGGGUGCAGGUGGGCGUGGGCGAUUACAUUGGCAUCUAUGCCAGCAUCAAGACAGACAGCACCUUCUCGGGAUUUCUGGUGUAUUCUGACUGGCACAACUCCCCUGUCUUUGCUUGAUGCCCACUGGAAAGUGAGCGGUGUGACACUCACAGCCACAUCGUCCCGGGAGGGCUGGCCCCCCUUUGGGAUGUUGUGAACGACUCCAGUCCUGCUGCUGGCAGAGAAUGGGGACGGAGGCUGUCUGAGAUCAGGGCUGGCAGUGAGGGGCAGUGGCUGGAUUUCUGCCCAAAACCAAAGGAGCUCUCUGUGCUGGCAGGUGUGGGUCCCCCGGUUGCUCUGGCCCAGGAUCCCAGAGGUGGGGUGCCCUCUUCCUGGUGUUCUGCUUCUCUGGGUUCUCCCUUGUCCCUCCUAUUCCUGGGCCCUUUUCUCAGAGAUUAUUCAAUUAAAA